AUGGAAAAUAAGAACAAACGGAUCAGAAAUGAUGGCUAUGACAGUGAGGAAGAAAAAGAAGAGAUGAAGAUAGAGAAGUUCUACUCUCUGCUAAGAAGCUUCCGUGACGCCCGUGAUAGAUUACGCCGAAGGGAAGAACUACAUGAUGAUCAGCUAGAUCAUAAUGAGAGGAACAAGAAAAAGAUGAAGACAGAGCCUUGCUUUGAGUUGCAGGACUUCACUACUGAUAUUCACUUCCCUUUCAAUUUUACAGAUCCAGUAAAAAACAACAACAACGUUGAGAAGAAGAAACAACCACUUAAGGAACAUGCUCUUGACCUCAAACUCUCGCUCUUUAACUAG